GACGUGGCUGCCGAUUCUGUGGCAGCCGUCUGUCAUCCAAGCCAUUAGAAGAAUUUAAAAUAUAUUUGUAUUAUUAUUUUUGUCUGUAUUGUUUUAUACCUUACUUACUGAUUCAGCAUCAGGAUGAUUUCGCUAACGGACUCUCAAAAAAUUGGAAUGGGAUUAACAGGUUUUGGCGUAUUUUUCCUCUUCUUUGGGAUGAUCCUGUUUUUUGAUAAGGCGCUUUUGGCCAUUGGAAAUAUCUUGUUUGUCGCUGGCCUGGCUUUCGUCAUCGGCUUGGAGCGAACGUUCCGCUUCUUCUUUCAGAAGCACAAAUUAAAGGCCACUAGUUUCUUCCUGGGAGGAGUGUUUGUGGUCCUUAUUGGCUGGCCUAUCAUUGGAGUUGUGCUGGAAAUCUAUGGAUUUUUCCUCCUUUUUAGGGGCUUCUUCCCAGUUGUUGUUGGCUUCAUCAGAAGAAUACCAAUUCUUGGUUCUAUCCUGAACCUGCCCUUCAUCAGUGCUUGUUCCGGUAAGAUGUUUUCUCCGUCUUGCCCACCCGGUGGCGAAAAAGGAGUUGGAGUGUUUCCGUGGCAGCUGUACAUGGACAAGGUGACUGAGGGCAACACCAUGGUAUGACUGUUUGGACCCGGAUCCACCGCAGCAGCUUUUCUAACCCAGUUCCUUCUGAUCCUGAAUGAAAGCAGCUGUAGUUAAAUGGUCAGACUCUACUUCCCACCAGACAAAGACUUUUUGUAAUGUCACCGGCCGAUACCACCAAUCUCUGGCUCCUCAGCUCUGAAUCACUGAUGUGUCGAGUAUGAAUUCAUUAAUGUUAUCAUAAAUCCCAUCUGUCCUUCCUCCGAGUGAUUCGUUUGAGAAUGUUGGAAGUACAAAUUAUUAGCCUUAUUAUUAGCAUACCAGAUGCUUUCAUGCAGGAGUUGGUUGUCAGCUUGCCAAAUUUGAUUUUUGUGCCACAGCAUUAGGCUCAUAUGGAUAAGUAUUCUUUCUUUUUUUGCAGUAAUUCUAUUAUGUCACUGUUUCUGCCUUUAAGCUGUCUGAUUUGUUUCAUGUUAUGGUUGACAGACACUGCUUAAGGAUAAAUUAUUUUUUAAAAA